AUGAUGGCCGCCUUCAACGUCACCCACCUCCAGGACUUUGGCUACAAUGAGACGACCGAUUUUGGUGAUCCAGAAGACCCGCGCUGGUCUGCGAGGCCCUAUGUUCACGCAGACUUCGAGACAGGAACCGGUCCUUUCAGUCAGCAGUCCGUGACCAAUCGCGUCCAGGAGAUUGCCCGCGAGCAGCCAUACAGCGAGCUUGCCGAAGUGGAAGCGGCUCUUGAUGAGGCUUGGGCUGAUGGAACAGCUCAGAAGCGCAGCCGAGCCGGGCCAAUUCCGCAUUACAGGCGCUUUAUAAUUGCGUCGUCUGACAGAUAUGUGGCUUCGCCGCAAUCACCUAAAGGUGGGGAAAUCAGUGAGAGAAUUGAAGAUCGUAUCAUGCGAGUGCAAUGGGAUUUGAAAAACCUUCAAGAUUUCUGGAAAGUCCGCAGCUCGCCUCAUCGCUCAGAGAGGCUUCAAAAAUAUCUUGAUGCGGAGCUGAAAGUCUUGGAAUGGAUGCCCUUUCAAGGCUACGAUCAGAACGAAAGGAUCGAUUAUCUGCUCCUCAAGAACUUCCUUCGCAAUCAGCUAAGCCAAGUGCAGCGAGAUGCUGAACUGGACUCUAAGGUGCUGACUUUCUUGGGUGGCAUCUUUCCGUUACGGAUGGCAAACAUGAUUGAGGCAAGGCAGAGGGUCGACGACCUCGAUCACCAAAGAGCAGCUGCGUCGCUUGUCGAAUGUACAAAUCGCAUGAUUCUGGCUAAAGACUUGAUACUGAACAAGAAAGAGACGGCUGAGCCCAUCGUUGCAUUCAGAGCCACCAAAAACCUGGAGGAGUUCGGCGUUCAUUGGCAGGAAUGGUAUAGUUUCUAUGACGGUUACGAUCCAUUGUUUCCGUACUGGAUCUCUGAGCCUUACCCGAAGCUGCAAAAGGCUCUACAGGAUCUCAUUGACACUAUUAAGAAGGUCUGUCUCGGUCUGCAGACCAAUGAUGAAGACACCAUCAUUGGUGAACCGAUAGGUCGAGCGGGUAUCCUUGAAGCGCUUGAUGUCGAGUUGAUUCCGUAUACACCAGAAGAGCUCAUCGAGAUUGGUCGAAAGGAAUACGCAUGGUGCGAAGCUGAAAUGGAGAAGGCCGCCGAUGCACUUGGUUUCCAGGAUUGGCGCAGCGCCUUGGAACAUGUCAAGAACUUGUACGUUGAGCCAGGAAAGCAGCCCUCGCUUGUUCGGGACCUCACAAAGGAGGCGAACGAAUACAUCAGGAAGCACGAUAGUGCGACCAUUCCACCCAUCGCAGAAGAGACCAUUCAGACCUUCAUGAUGAGUCCGAAAGCGCAGAAGAUGAAUCCGUUCUUCCUGGGAGGUGACGAGAUCAUUGUCUCUUACCCCACCCCGACGAUGAGCCACGAGCAGAAACUGAUGAGCCUCCGCGGAAACAACAUCCACUUCGCUCGCGCAACAGUUUUCCACGAGAUGAUCCCCGGCCAUCACUUGCACAUGCACUACAUGGCGCGUAUUCGUCCGUAUCGCCAACUCUUCCAGACUCCCUUUUGUAUCGAAGGAUGGGCAUUCUACUGGGAGAUGAUCCUAUGGGAUUCUCCAACCUGGCACAAGACCCCUGAAAACCGCAUUGGUAUGCUUUUCUGGCGUAUGCAUCGGUGCGCUCGUAUCAUCUUCUCGCUGAAGUACCACCUCGGGGAGAUGACUGCGGAAGAAUGCGUGCAGCUUCUGAUUGACAUGGUGGGCCACGAGAGGUACACAGCAGAAGGCGAAGUCAGAAGGAGCGUGAUGGGAGACUAUGGUCCGUUAUACCAGGCGGGAUAUAUGCUUGGAGGGCUGCAGAUCUAUGCGUUGCGGAAAGAGGCUGUGGAGAAGGGGAUCUGGUCGGAGAAGGAGUUCCACGACGCUUUCCUUAGGGCAAAUCAGCUUAAUAUUGAGCUGUUCCGAGCGCUUAUACUUGGUAUAGAGCUUCACGAGGACUACAAGAGUCAGUGGAAGUUCUAUGAGGAGAUCAAGCAAGAUUGA